GGGUCUGAGGGGCUCAUUCCCAGUCCUGCUGCCUGCCCUACAGGAAGGAGAACCAGAACCAGCAUGUCGGACCAGUCCGCGUUUGACACGGAUGUUUGGACCCUGACCCGGUUCAUCAUUGAGACGGGCCGUCAGGCUAAAGGAGCCACAGGAGAGCUGACCCAGCUCAUCACCGCCAUGCUGACCGCCAUCAAGGCCAUCUCCUCGGCUGUGAGGAAGGCGGGCCUGGCCCACCUGCAGGGCAUGGCGGGUUCUGUGAACGUGACGGGGGAUGAUGUGAAGAAACUGGACGUGCUGUCCAAUGACCUGGUGAUCAACAUGCUGCGGGCGUCCUACAGCACCUGCUGCAUGGUGUCUGAGGAGAACAAGGAGCUCAUCGUCACACCGCAAGACAAGAGGGGGAAGUACGUGGUGUGUUUUGACCCGCUGGACGGAUCCAGUAACAUCGACUGCUUGGCUUCCAUCGGAACCAUCUUUGCCAUCUAUAAACGGGUGUCAGAGGGGGAGGAGCCAACAGAGCAGGAUGCCCUGCAGCCAGGGAACAGAAUCGUGUGUGCGGGCUACGCCCUGUACGGCAGCGCCACCCUGGUGGCCCUCAGCACCGGCGCUGGACUCAACUUCUUCAUGCUGGACCCUGCCCUCGGUGAGUUCAUCCUGACUGAGAGGAACGUGAAGAUCAGACAGAAAGGAAACAUCUACAGUCUGAACGAAGGCUACGCCAAAUACUUCCACCCAUCCAUCAACGAGUACCUGAAGCACAAGAAGUACCCACAGGAUGGCGGUGCCCCGUACGGAGCUCGGUACGUGGGCUCCAUGGUCUCAGACGUCCAUCGAACCAUCGCCUACGGAGGGAUCUUCAUGUAUCCUGCUAACGAGAAGAGUCCAAAGGGAAAGCUGCGUCUGCUGUAUGAGUGUAACCCCAUCGCCUUCCUGAUGGAGCAGGCCGGGGGCCUGGCCACCACCGGGACCCAGAGGAUCCUGGACGUCCAGCCCGAGUCCCUCCACCAGAGGGUCCCCUUCGUGGUGGGCUCAGCUGAUGAUGUCACCGAGUACCUGAGCUUUGUCCAGAAGUUCUCCUGAACCUGGUCCCAGACCCCUCAGCAGCAGGACAGGAAGUUCCUUCUGUUGUGUGAUUCAACCGCAGUAAAACAGAUGAAUAGAUUGUUUUUAUUAAAGAAAACUAGAAAUAUGAUUUUUUUUAUCUUUUAGGACAGAAAAUGAAAAACACAAACAGAGCUGAACUGGUUCUACAACUACAACCUAAUCUGGACGACAUUAUUCAAAUAAAAACAUGUUGAAAUAUA